AUGGAAGUUGUUCGAUUUCUGCUGGGGACAGGUCUAAUUGAUGUCAACUCGAAAGAUGAAAACAACAUGACAGCACUGCCAUGGGCUGUUUUGGGUGAUCAUCAGGAGGUUGUUCAGUUGCUGCUCGAAACAGCUCAGGUUGAUGUCAAUUCCACGGAUGACCUUGGUAGCACCCCACUGUCAUAUGCUGCUACGCACGGUCAUAAGGAAAUCGCUCGAUUGCUAUUGGGUGCGAGUCAGAUCAAUGUCGACUCGGAAGAUUUCAUGGGCAUGACACCGCUAAGAUGGGCUGCUAAGGAGGGCCAUAAAGAGAUCGUCUGGUCGUUGCUGGAGACAGGCCAGGCUGACGUCAAAACGAAGAGCGAAGAGAACGGGUGGUGCUACACGGCAUUGGAAUGGGCUAUUGAGAACAACGACGAGGAAGUCGCUCAGCUCGUGCUUGACCUAGGUCAGGUCGAGAAUGGUCAUAGACUCGAUGCCCUGUCGUUUGCCGCUUUACGUGGCAAUAAGAAGAUGGUCCUGCUGCUGCUGGAUACUGAGCAGUUUGAUGUCAACUCGCAGUGUGAAAAUGGUGGGGCACCACUGAGAUACGCUGCUGAAGAAAAGGAUGAGGAGAUCGUUCAGUUGUUGUUGAGCAUGGGUCGGCUUGACCUGAAUUGGAACGAUAAAAAUGGCCGUACAGGAAACGUUCAACUACUGCUGAAAACAGGUCGAGUCGAUAUCAACUCGAAAGAUGAAGACGGUUGUACACCGCUAGAUUUGGCUACUAAAAAUCGCCACAAAGAGAUCACUCAGCUGCUAUAUGCACUAUGAAAGAUUC